UUCCACAGCCAUUUCUCGAGUUGCACCUCCAGAAGGACACAGCUGCUGCGCAGGACUACAACCGUGGGUGGAGAUGUCUGAAGUGAAGGCUGAUGUUGUCGUACCUGAAUCAGUUUUGAAGAAACAAAAGAGAAAUGAGGUAUGGGAAGUGAAGAAGAAAGAAGAGUUGAUUGCAGUGAAGAAGAAGAAUGUAGAGAACAGGAAGUUAAUUUUUAACAGAGCAAAAGCAUAUGCAAAAGAGUAUGAUGAACAGCAAAAGGAGCUGGUUAAUCUGAAACGGGAAGCUAGAAUGAAAGGUGGGUUUUAUGUGAACCCUGAAGCAAAGCUUCUCUUUAUCACUCGAAUUAGAGGUAUCAAUGCUAUUGACCCAAAGUCAAAGAAGAUACUGCAACUCCUCCGAUUGAGACAGAUAUUCAAUGGAGUGUUCUUGAAAGUGAGCAAAGCAACACUCAAUAUGCUUCACAGGGUUGAGCCAUAUGUUACUUAUGGUUAUCCGAACCUGAAGAGUGUGAAAGAGCUAAUUUACAAGAGGGGGUAUGGAAAGCUAAGCCAGCAGAGGAUUGCUUUGACCGACAAUUCGAUAAUCGAACAGGGUCUAGGGAAGUAUGGAAUUAUCUGUAUUGAAGAUCUUGUGCAUGAGAUCAUGAUUGUUGGACCACAUUUCAAACAGGCCAAUAACUUUCUAUGGCCAUUCCAGUUGAAGGCUCCUUUGGGUGGUAUGAAGAAGAAGAGGAAUCAUUAUGUGGAAGGUGGUGAUGCUGGAAACCGUGAAGAUUACAUUAAUGAGCUCAUCAGGAGGAUGAACUAGACUACAUCUGUUGUCUCCUUUUUUUUUUCUUUUA